UCAGCUAUCAGCAAAUACUAUAACACAGCUAAAAGCCCUAAACCCUGCAACUCUACUCCACUUCUCAUCCACUGCACACGCUCGCUCGCUCUCUCACUGUCAUCUCUAAAAUGGCUAACCUAUGAAACCCUCGCCGAUUCAAAACCACACGGAGCUUCUUUCUCCUUCUUCGAUGGCUUUUGCCUCUGCGCUGAGAGUCUCAUCAAUUCUCAGGUAUCGUCUAUCUCCGCCCCUUGCUCCGAUUCGCUUGUCUAGGCUCCAGCAGAGCUUCUCAGGGAACCGCUUUCUCUCUGCAAGUACUCCCGACAAGCCCCGGCCUGUCAGUGCCCAACGCCGGGAUGGGCCGGUGCACGCGGGAAGAGAGGAGAAUGGGGGAGUUACGGUGAAGGAUAGAAGUGAAAACGAUGGAAGGGUUUUGCCUUCGGAACUUCACAAGGAGGCAACUGAAGCUUAUAUGGCUUAUGCCAUGUCUGUGUUGCUCGGUCGCGCAUUGCCUGAUGUUCGUGACGGGUUGAAGCCGGUGCACAGAAGAAUUCUAUUUGCAAUGCAUGAGCUUGGCCUUUCAUCACGUAAACCCUUCAAGAAAUGUGCAAGAGUUGUUGGAGAGGUUUUGGGGAAGUUUCAUCCUCAUGGAGACUCUGCUGUGUAUGAUUCUUUAGUAAGAAUGGCCCAGGAUUUCUCCUUACGUUGUCCACUAAUCCAAGGGCAUGGGAACUUUGGAUCAAUUGAUGCGGACCCUCCAGCUGCCAUGCGUUACACAGAGUGUAGAUUGGAAGCACUCACUGAAGCAAUGCUGUUGGCAGAUUUACAGCAAGAUACGGUUGAUUUUGUUCCAAAUUUGAUAAUUCACAGAAAGAACCUUCCCUUCUACCUGCUCGGCUCCCAACCUUGCUGUUGAAUGGUUCUUCAGGGAUUGCGGUUGGCAUGGCGACCAAUAUCCCUCCUCAUAAUCUUGGGGAAUUAGUAGAUGCUCUUUGUGUGUUGAUUCACAAUCCAGAAGCUACUGUG